CGCAUACCUGCAGGAUUUUUUCUCUCCUCAUUGUUCAGCCUAAUCAGACUGGGAGUGGCAGAAUGCAGCAGGAAGAAAACGUUGCCCUGGUGUGAGCCGCUGUGUCAGAUGUGGACUGGAGUUUACGCCGGCGCUCACAAGAUUGAUACUUCUCCUUGUGCCGAGAGAUGGAGUGUCAGUGUGAAAAUGACGCGGGGGCUGCCUCUGCUGGCUGGUUCCUUGGCGGCAGCAAUGCCCAGAUGGGAGCUUUCGCUGUGGUGGGAUAUCUUCUCUACAGAUUUUCGCAAACUCUCCCAGCCCUGAUCCGCUGGCCGAUCCGUUUCUUCUGCUACAUAACCGGUCUGUCAGCUCUUUGGGGCUGGGUGAGCCACCUGGUUGGAACCCUCCGAGGAAUCAAGAACCUGAUAAAAUGGCUUUCAAAAAUUUGGCGGUUUCUAGCUGCAUUUUCCUCCAAGUUCCGGUGGAUGGCUCCCAUCAUCAGAGCCAUUACAGGAUCAUCUAGAGAUGGACAUCCGAUCAGUGGGACUUUGGAGAAGUCGGGUUUGAGGCUGAUCCUCCUGGGGCCCGGCGGAGGAGGACGGACCUCCAUAGCAUAUGCUUUGUUAGGAGGAGACGUGACCCGAGCAUCCAUGGAUCCUUUAAAGCAGAGCACCAAGUGGAGUGCGGUGGUGGACGGUAGAGAGAUUACAGUGAUUGACACCCCAGAUAUUUUGGGGUCCUCUCUGGGAAACACCAAUCGGGCCAGGGAGGCCCUAAGGAGCCUUCAGCUCACCAGCCCAGGUCCACAUGCCUUUCUGCUGGUGAUCCGGGCCCCAGGCUCCAGCAUGUCCGUCGACCACGACCCCAUCCAAGCCGUUCAAGGUGCCCUGGAGCUGUUUGGAGAGGGAGUCAUGGAAUACAUCAUCCCAGUGCUCACCCAUGCAGACAGACUGGGACGGAGACGCACAGUGGAUCAGCUGCUGGAGGCCGAUUCAGGGCAGCUGAAAAGGGCUCUGUCUUUAUGUGGUCAGAGGCCGGAGCUGGUGGACAACAGGCCAGACCUGCCGCCUGAAGCACGGUCUGAUUUACGCAGAAAUUUAGUGGAGCGUGUGAUGGAGAUGAAGGAGAUCAGGGGACAUUUAGUCCAUGAGGUUCACAGGAGGGAGGACUACCUGAGGGACAAGCUGCUGGAUGACAUGUCCCUGGAACUGGCUAAGAAAAUAAAACAUAACUGAUGAAACUA